GCCCCGACUUGGCGUACGGCACGGCGCGGCCCGCCAGUCAGUCAGCCCGGUCCCCACACCGCAACCGCACCUCGACGAGGGAGACGCGACAGAACCCGACACAAGCAGCGCGACGCCUGCAUCGCUCUCUCUUUCUCCGCAGCACGUGUGUGGCGCGUGCAAGCCGUGCAAGCCGUGCAAGCCGUGCGACAGUGACAGUCAGUGUGUGUAGUGUAGUGCCCCGCCGAUCUCACUGGAUUACCUUUCGGAUACCACACUCAACAAGCAGACCGACUGAUCUUGCUUCAGGACGUUGAUGUGGCCGGGGGAUGGAGUCCGGUCGCGGUAGAUGGUGGCGGGGCUGGGUCGUCGGCGUCCGGGUGCUGCUGGCACUCGCGACCCUCUCGGCCUGCUCCAGGACGGCGCUGGCGCUACCAGGCGGCGAUGACGGCGCCGACGUGGCCCCCUCGGCGGAGGCCUGCUCCGGGCACACCUGCCGCAUGCUGUGCGCGUACGGUUUCGCCACGGACGAGAAGGGCUGCCCGCUGUGCCGCUGCUACGACCCAUGCUCCGAGAUCAAGUGCUCUGGGUCGCUGACGUGCCAGCUGGAGGAGGCGGCCUCCUGCAGCCGGCCGCCCUGCCUGCCCGUGCCCACCUGCAAGAAGGGUCGCAGCCUGGACAACGUGUGCCCCGCGGGCGCCCCCCUCACCAUGCCCGGCAGCGGCGUGCCCCCGAGGCCGUUUCUGUGCGGUCUGAGCCCCGGCCAGCCCCGCUGCCCGCCGCUGUUCGAGUGCUCCGUGCAGCCAGGCAACGACUACGGCGUGUGCUGCCCGGGCGCGGCGCGGCUGGACAAACCCGGCGCGUGCCCCGCGCGCGGCGAGGCGCUGUGGUCCGACCCCGCGGAGGACGCGUGCGGCCCCGGCUGCCGCGGGGACCAGGACUGCCCCGGGCCCCUCAAGUGCUGCGACAGCGCCGAGUGUGGCGGCAGCGCCUGCACGCCGCCCGCCAACCUGACCGAGUGCCGCCAGCUGCGGCAGCUCGCCGUGCAGCUCUCCGUGUCCGAGCGCGAGGGCCGCGGCUACGUGCCGCAGUGCGACCCGGUGACGGGGGCCUUCCGGCCGCGCCAGUGCAGCCGCAACGGGCGCGUGUGCUGGUGCGUGGACCGCGCGGGCAACAAGAGGCCCAACUCCAUGGCGACCAGCGCGUCCGUGCACUGCCUGCCGCACGCCCUGGAGGAGGCCCGCGCCGCCACCGGCCGCGCCAUCGGGGGCUCCCCGCCCGAGCAGCGCUGCACCACCUCCGGACGGUGUGCUCAGGUGUGCGAGCUGGGCUUCCGCGUCGGCGCCGACGGCUGCCCGACGUGCGAGUGCGACGACCCGUGCGCGGGGGCGGUGUGCGGCGCGGGCGAGGAGUGCGUCGCGGAGCGGGCGCCAGACUGCGACGGCCCCCUCUGCAGCGCCACCCCCAUCUGCAGGCCUGUCCGCGCCCAGCCCGCGCGCCCCGCCAGCAACCUCCCCGCCAACAACCUCCUCGCCAAGGACAUCCCCGCCAAGGACAUCCCCGCCGACAGCGUCCCCACCGACGCCGUGGUGGUGAACGCCGCCCCGACCGAGAAGAGCGUCACCGCGGACUCUUCCGCCGAAGUCUUCGUCAAGGAGAUGGAGGACGACGCCAUGAUGGACGAGGAGGAGGACCGCCCCGCAUCCAUGUGCGAGUACCUGCGCGACUUCCGCGACAAGAUGGAGGGCACCCGGGACGGCAUGUCGCUGGCGCUGCCGCCGCCGUCCUGCCGGCCCGACGGCUCCUUCAACGACACUCAGUGCGAGGCCGGCGCCUGCUGGUGCGUGGACAGCUUCGGCUCGGAGAUCCCCCAGACGCGCACCAAGGGCGCGGCGCCGUCGCCGGCCUGCCUCGAGGUGCGCGAGUCGCUCACCUGCCUGGACCUGACGUGCCGCCUGGGCUGCGAGUUCGGCUUCACGCUGUCCCCGGACACGCGCUGCCCGCUGUGCGAGUGCCGCGACCCCUGCGCCGAGGCCAAGUGCGGCGCGGACGCCGAGUGCCACGUCGUGGACGUGGCCUGUGACGCCGAGUACUGCCCGCCCGUGCCCGCCUGCCUCCCGAAGAAGCCCGGCCAGUGCCCGUACCUGGUGCCCGUGAGCGCCGGGUCGUGCGACUACCAGUGCCGCUCCGACUACAACUGCAACGAGACCGCCAAGUGCUGCUCCAACGGCUGCGGCACCCAGUGCAUGCUGCCCGUCGUCAUGACCGAGUGCCAGCACCGGCGCGCCAUCCUGCAGCACGAGUCGCACGAGUCCGGCAUCCCGGCCAGCAAGCUGUGGGUGCCGCGGUGCAGGGAGUCGGACGGCGCCUACGAGGAGGCGCAGUGCCACCCGGGCACCGGGCAGUGCUGGUGCGUGGACGACCACGGCCAGGAGGUCCCCGGCACGCGCACGGAGAACGCCCAGCAGCCCGACUGCCAGGCCGGCGCCCGCAAUGGCAUGGCAGCGUGCCCCGACCUGCGCUGCGACCAGGCCUGCCCCCACGGCUACCAGCUGGACGGCCGCGGCUGCCCGACGUGUCGCUGCAGGGACCCCUGCCAGGACUUGCAGUGCCGCGGUGAGGGCGAGGCCUGCCGCAUGGUGCGCGUGCAGUGCGCCGACCCUCCCUGCCACGCGGUGCCGAUGUGCCUCCCCCGCAGGGAGAACCCUUGCCUCGCGGGCCAGCCGCUGCAGCAGCCGGGCUCCGCCAACGGGCUGUUCUUGUGCGGCCCGAGCGGCGAGGCGUGCCCCGCCAGCCACAAGUGCGAGCUGAGCCCCCUGGGGGAGUACGCCGUCUGCUGCCCCAAGCCACGCGACGUGUGCUUCGAGCCCGUGCUGAAGGGCCCCUGCGAGCCCGGCGUGGAGCGCUGGCGGUUCAACCCCGAGCGCAACGCGUGCGAGCUGCUGCAGGCCGGCCAGUGCGGCGCGGCGCACAACGCCUUCCCCGACAAGGACAUGUGCAACAAGGUUUGCCCAGUGCUGAGCCAGUGCGAGCGACUCCGCGAGAAGAACCAGAAGGCGGCCGACAAGUACAAGAAGUGGACCUUCAUCCCGCGCUGCUCGGCCGAGACGGGCGCCUGGCUGCCGCUGCAGUGCCUCACGCAGGUGGGCGUGUGCUGGUGCGUGGCGCCGGACGGGCAGCCCAUCAAGGGCACGCUGACGCGCGACGCCAACCCCACGUGUCCCGCGUCGUCGUCGCGCUCCUCCAACCGCCAGGCGCGUCGCCGCCACGACCCCCACUGGGCGGACGAGAAGGACCCCGAGCUAGCCAUCGCCAAGCUGCUGCGCGGCCUGGACCCCGCCGUGGCCGAGCUCCUGCAGCAGCACAUGGCCCCCGACGUGGAGGCCCCCGUCGUGGAGGCGCUCGCCGGGCCGCCACUGCCCGUGUCGCUGCCCAUCCCACCGGAGCGCCGCACCCGGUGCCACGCGCUCCGAGACCGCGCCGUCGACGAGGCCUCCGCGCUGCAGUGUGACCACAACGGAGGGUUCGCGGCCACGCAGUGCCUCCCCAAGGACGACCCCGACGCCGAGUGCUGGUGCGUUGACGAGGCCGGCAACCAGCUCGCCGACACCACCACGUUCAAACGCGGCGCCCAGAUCUGCCUGCCAACGCCCAUCGAGGCCGUGGAGGUGUCCUUGGGCUUCCUGGGCGAGCCCGGCGUGGUGGACUCCGCCGCCGAGCCGCGCGUCCUGGACGCCGUGAGGGCCUUGCUGGCCAGCCUGAGCCAGGCCACCGCCAGCGCCACCAAGGCCGCCACCAGGCACGAAGGGCUGCGCGUCACCUUGAGUCCGGGCAGGGCGGUGGCGUCCUUCACCCUGCACGGCCCCGGCAAGGUGGACACCGCGUUCCACCUGGAGGAGAUGGUCAAGUCCGGCGCGCUGAGCGUGGGCCACGAGUCCGGCGCCGCGCUGGUGGCCGACAUCACCCAGUCCCGCUUCAGCCACAGCGCGGCCGCCCCCAGCCUGGCGGGCGAGGACGCCUCUGCGCACCUGGGCGCCGUGGCGCUGCAGCACCGCGAGAUCGUGUCCGAGUCCACCGUGCCCGAGUCGUACCACACCGCCAUCCUGGUGCUGAGCGCCGCGUCCGCCUUCGUGAUCGUGAUCCUGGCCGUGCUGGCGGCGCUGUACCGCCGCCGCAUGCUCCUGUCGGCCAAGCAGCAGGCCGCCAUGGACGUGGACGACGAUCGGUUCGGCCUCGGCCCCGGGGCCGGCGCCGGCGAGCCCGUGUACGUCGUGAGGCUGCCGUCGCCGCCGCCGCUGGACCGCCACGGCAGGGUGCUGGGCGUCAACCUCGGGGUGCCGCUCGCGCAGGAGGACAUCCCCAUCAAGAGCUGAGCGGGCCGCGAGGCCCCGCGCCGUCACACUACGCUGGCCGUGUUGGUGUCGCCGUCGUUCGCUCUUCACACGAGUGUGGCAUGACGUCGACACCAGCACGUGCCCGCCGUGGCCGCGUCCGCCAAAGUCGAAGCGCGAAGCGCGGUGCGCCGCUUUGGCGAGCCCGCCCCGCUCUGGCCAGCAAUGGGGUGCGGACACGAAAUCGACGCCUUUUCCACGAAAGCCACGUCGAAUCUGCGUCGAACCCGCGUAGUUUCCACUCCCCGUUUCUCCGAGUUUCCUUCCAACAAACGCGGCCACAGGCCUCGGCGGAUGCAUGCAAUUUCGUUUCAAAGUCAAGAUAAAAGCGAGUCGGCUUGUCCGUACUGCCGCACUCCGUACGGCCGCACUCCGUACUGCCGCACUCCGUUCUGCUCGUCACGGAAAGCGGAUCCAAACACCUGAUUCGGCGUGCGUCAAGACCUCGAGGGGUUGUAGCGCUUCACAUUUCGAGUGCCGAUGCCCGCGCACGCCGUGUCGGCAACACAGGGCGAGAAGAAAUAGCAGCAGUCCAAAUUUGUAUUGUAAAAUUAGAUAUCGCUACUUAAUGUCAUUGUAAAAUACCCGAAACAUUGUAAAAUGGUCACCUGUGUAUAAAGAACAGUAGUGAUUAAGUGAGUCAUUACAGUGAAUGGACGUAGGUGUGUGAUGCGUGAAUGAGUGUGCGUGUGUGAGUGACUGUGGGUGUGUGGGUGGAUUUGGCAUGCUUAAAAGGUACAGACAAUGUGGCAGUAAUCAACUAUAAAUAACUGCCUUUGUCUUAGAAAGUUCAAAAUUUCCCCCGGUAUCCCAAAAAAAAGGCAUCAAAAUUUAACUUAUUUGCACCUGUGGCAACCCCCACAGAAGGUUUUACUUGUUAAAAUAUUUGGCAACAAUGGUCGAUAAUAAGGGGACCUCUUAGUUAUUUAUUUUUGUAGUGUACCACUUCUUCAUGUCAUUCCUUGCCUCGUACCAGAUACUGCAAUGUAAACAAAACAUUGCGAAAUAAAGACUUGAUAGUACUCUUUAUUAGACGUACGCGUGUACA